UCAACAAGCAGGGAGGCUUGCGCUCCCCUCAACUACACAGACUGGCACACAAACUGAUCCUCUGGAGCAGCGCCAAUCUACUCUCACUCAGGGCAACGCAUGUGCCUGGAGUGAUGAACCACGGCGCGGAUUUACUCUCACGAGGGCACCCUCGUUAUGGAGAGUGGAGACUUCACCGGGAGGUGAUGGAACUGAUUCGGAACCGCUACGGGUGCCCGUCAGUAGACCUGUUUGCCUCCAGGGAGAACACACAAUGUCCCCUGUUCUUCUCUCUGAACGAUCCAGAGGCUCCGCUCGGGGUGGACGCAUUGGCGCAUGCGUGGCCGCGCACACUCCUUUACGCAUUUCCCCCGUUGGCUCUGAUAACCCCGACAUUAGACAGAGUAAGGACCGAGGGUCUAAUUGCUAUUCUGGUAGCGCCGAAUUGGCCUCAGAAACAGUGGUUGGCGGAGAUAACGCAAAUGCUUUAUUCACAACCGCUGCAACUCCCGCUGCGCAGGGAUCUGUUGUCCCAGGCUCGGGGGGAAAUUUUUCAUCCCCACCCAGAACGUCUGGCUCUCUGGGCUUGGCCCGUGAAAGGAUGAAUCUUACGUCAUGUGGCCUGCCACAGAAUGUUAUAAUGACCAUCCAAAGCGCGAGGGCGCCUUCGACGCGUACUGUGUAUGAGGCUAAAUGGCGUGUCUUUGAAGAUUGGUGUACUUCUACUCAUGAAGUCCCCUUCCAGUGUUCUGUUGAUACUGUGUUGAUAUUUCUACAGUCUCUCUUUGACAAGGGGAGGGCGUUUUCUACGCUGAAGGUGUAUCUCGCUGCCAUAUCAGCAUGUCACGUGGGUAUUAACGGCAAGACGGUGGGACAGCAUCCCUUGGUCUGUCGUUUCCUACGGGGAGCACGUCGUUUGCGCCCUGUGUCAAAGCCUCUAUCACCUGGGUGGGAUUUACCACUGGUGUUGGGGGCUUUAUCGGGGCCUCCUUUUGAACCAUUGUCGGAAGUGGACGCGAAAACGCUUUCCCUUAAGACGGCGUUGCUCAUGGCGUUAGUUUCAACAAAGCGAGUUGGUGAUCUACACGCUUUGUCGGUGCAUUCGUCGUGUAUGCAGUUUGGCUCUGGAGACUCUAAGGUGUCGCUGCGGCCGAAUCCGGCGUAUGUUCCUAAAGUCAUGGACACGUCUUACUCGUGCCUUUCCAUGGAGUUUAGUGCUUUCUACCCUCCACCGUUCACCUCUGAGGAGCAACGGCGGAUGCACACGUUGUGUCCUGUACGCGCUCUGAGAGCUUAUGUGUCAAGGACUCUAUCGUUUAGGAAGGCGGAUCAAUUGUUCGUUUCAUGGUCUGGCCCUCACAAGGGUAAACCUAUCACAAAACAGCGUUUAUCACGCUGGGUUGUUGAGGCUAUAGCUUUGGCUUAUUCAGCAAAAGGGCUGGAGGCGCCUGUUGGUUUGCAUGCGCAUUCAACAAGGGGCGUUGCCACGUCGUGGGCCUUGUUUAAAGGGGUUUCGUUGCAGGAGGUGUGCGAAUCCGCUUCUUGGGCUUCACCCACUACGUUCAUGAGGUUUUACCGACUUGACGUUACUGCGCCUCGCUUGGCUCACGCUGUUUUGAGUGUGACCUCAGGGGGAGCGCAGGGCGCUCUGUCAUGAUUGGAAUGGUCACGUAUCGUUGAGGUUGGCUUGUCCGGCAAUACGGGAGUAAACAUAUCCCAUAUGUGAGAUACCUCACGAUUGCUUGAAAGAGAACUUAAGGUUACGACCGUAACCCCGGUUCUCUGAUAGCAUGAGUGAGGUAUCUCACCGGAUUGCCCUUCUUGCGGUGAGCGAGAAGAGGUUGCUACCUUGAAUGACGCUGUACGCACGGUCAGAUACUUAUAUAGGGGGCUGACCCGGGGUGCGUCAGACGUG